AUGGCGCCUACUAUCCACCUCGUUCGUCACGCUCAAGGCUUCCACAACCUCUCUAUCGAGAAUGAGUCAAUGCAAGACCCGGACCUGACUCCCCUUGGUGAGAAGCAGUGUGCUGCUCUGCGCGAAGAGUUCCCUCACCACGAUAAGCUUACCAAGCUCUUUGCUUCGCCUAUGCGUCGCACGGUUUACACCUGUCUUCACGCUUUCGGCACUGAUGAGCUCAAGCCAAUCGUUGCCAUGCCCGUUUUCCAGGAGGUGUCUGCCAAUCCUUGCGAUACUGGAUCUCCAGUUGCCAAAGUGCAGGCCGAGUUCGAGGGUAUUGCUGAUUACUCCCGGGUAGAGGAGACAUGGACCGAUAAGGGCCCCGGGAGCGAGUAUGAGCCUACUGUUGAGAAGCUCACGGUCCGCGGUCUUAAAGCUAGAAGAGCUCUAAGGGACCUUGUGAGUGGUGAUGAACACGUUGUUGUCGUGUCUCACGGAGGAUUCCUGCACUUUUUGACCGAUGACUGGUAUGGUGUGCCUGAAGAAAGAGCUACUGGCUGGUCAAACUGCGAGUUUCGAUCGUAUCGGUUUGUUGAUCCCACAGGCAAGGACGAGGAUGCUGCGCUGCUUGAAACUGAAGAAAGUUGGCAUCGACGUCGGGGCGAUACAAAGCCUCCCACUGUAACAGAAUUGCGCCAAGUAAAGCCUGUUGCCCAAAAGGCCAUGGCUCCUUACUUGAACCUCCAGAUGCCCAAAUGA